AUGUUGGCCGUGCCCAGCCAUGGCACCAGACUGGUCUUUGCCGACGCUGACGGCGUGCUCAAAUGGGUCGAGCGCGACGCCGUGACACCCGUGCGCAGCUUCAACAUCAACCAACUCAACGCCCAGGGCGACUUGGACAUUGUCCCCGAACCCCGCGAUCCAGCCCCUGCCAACGAACGCCUGCUCAUCCACCCGCACACCGCACACCCAACCACCCACGACGACAUUGUGCAGAAAAUUGUGCCCACGUGGCGGAACAUCACCACCACCACCGGCGCCGCCGCCGCCGCUGCCCCGUCAACCGACCAAGAGAAUCUCGUACUCUGGACCGGCGACGGCAAGCUCGGCCUCCUGGGCUUUGGCGCCCCGCCGUUUGACGCUGACGUCUGGGUCGAUGCUGUCGAGCGGCUCGGUGGGGAUUGGGAGCGCGAGAGGCGGUAUAGUGGGGAGAUGAGGAGGGCGUUGGAGCAGCAGGCUAGGGAGUUGAGGUGGUUGAGGGGAUAUGGGCUUGGUGGUGGGUAG